UCAUGUGACCUGAAGGCGGAAGCAGUCACAUAAACAGUAAACUAGCAUAUUAGAUAGUACGAACCCUUGUAUUUAAAUUUAUCUGUUUUUCUAUCUGUCAUCUGUACAUAUUGUAUAUUAUUGUGUGAUUAGUCAUGUCUUCGAGUCAUGGAAAGGACUCCAGCUUUUUGGGAGGCAGGAUACCACCAGAGAUUGAGUCACUGUCGAAAAACCUGAAGGAUGUGGACCAAGAGAUGUUCAGAAGAAUCCUGAAAGCUGUGGUCAGUGCCCUGGAGGGGAAGGACUGCAGAGACGUGAUGAAGGCGAUAGCAGAGGGCAGUACCAUCCCACAGGAGAGGCUCAGUCACAUCAUAGCUGGGAUGUACAGAGUGCUGUCCGAGGCCAUCCGCAUCCCCACAUCAUCACUCAAACAGGAGGCCUUCAAAGAAGAUCUCAGAGAAUUAAGGAUACCAGAAGACUUUAUCACAGAUUUCUCCAGUGUGGUUUUUGGAAAUCGCCGUGCAGCUAUAGAGGCAGGGACCUCCCAGAGUGAUCCUCACCUGCCCACGAUCGAAGACUGUAAAUGGAGAGUGGAUGUUGCCAUUUCUACGAGCUCUUUAGCCAGAGCCCUGCAGCCUUCUGUGCUGAUGCAGAUUAAACUGUCAGAUGGGACUUUUCACCGCUUUGAGGUGCCAGUGACGAAGUUCCAGGAGCUCCGUUACAAUGUGGCUUUGAUCCUCAAAGAGAUGAAUGAUCUGGAGAAGAGGAGCAUUCUCAAAAUCCAAGAUUGAUAACGUACCAUGUAGGGUUGUUGGUAAAUUAAACUUUUCUACUUGGCUUUUAGUUCUUGUAAAUUUGCUGCACACAGGACAACACUCAUUUAAGAAACUUAAAAUACAUCAUAAAUGAUAACAAUGAUAAUUUGUCUGUCAUGGAGUUAUGCUUUGAGAGUGUUGGCAUCCAACAUACUGGACUGUUGUCAGAGUGUCAAAUGAUAAGAGCAGCGUAGGAAGGAUAGUCAGGCUGCGCCACAGGACAGUUUCCUGUGUUUAAAAACAGACCUGUGAAAUCAGACAGUAUCACUUAUUUACUUGUUUUGUUGCAAACAGAAUAGAACUGAACAGUUUCGUGGUCCGUAUGUUUGAGACAGCUGCGAAGCUCCAUCGUACCAAAAUACAAAUGCAGCCCAGUGAACUCUCAGACACUCUCUCACUAAGUGGCCACUUUAACUGGAGUCAUGUGAUCUGCUCUGUUGUUUGAGUCUGAACAUGCUGUUCAACUGUUCCUGAAACAUGAGAAUGUACAAAUGAUGUGAAUGAACAAGGUAUUCUUUUUUCUACUCAUGUUUUUAUACCUGUUAUUCAAACCAGUGACAGAACAAAAGGCUUGUAGCACUAUUGUAUAAAAAGCAGGAUGAUGUUUUUUUGUUGUUGUUUUGUAUGUUUUCCAUAAUAACAUCAAAAAUUUGUACCUCUUGAACCACACUUCUCUAAUAAAAUCUGUCCAUCAUUGUA